AUGAAUGGCUCAAACGAUAGAUUGGAGUUCUUGCGAAAAGUAUACCAUGAUAAUUUAAUCCCUGUUCCAUCAAAAUUCAAGAAACAUGGCUACCGCAAGCCUUCCAGGAGACAUAAAUCGUCUCGACAAUUGAUCGCCGACGAAUCUAAGAGAAUUUCUUCUAUACUACAAAAUCCAAACAUUCAGGUGAAGCCAGUACCGAAAGUAACUUAUUUUAACGUGAAUGCCCCGCCAUCAAUACGUCCAAGUAAGAAAUAUUGUGAUAUAACAGGGCUCAAGGGUUACUACAAAUCCCCAGUCAACAACAUUCGCUAUCACAACUCAGAGAUAUACCAAUUGAUCGUCAAACCAAUGACUCCAGGGGUAGAUCAAGAGUAUUUGAAGCUUAGAGGUGAUAACUUUGUUCUUAAAUAG